CAUUCCGUGUCUCUCUCCAUCAGCAGCGGUCUGGAUGCUUGCAGGGACAGAAACAUGGCUGUGAAUCUCGGCAAGAACAGACUGGCCCUGCUGACCGCCUACCAGGACGUCAUUGACGAGACCUCGGACACCGACUGGGCCUUGUACACAUAUGAGGAUGAUAGCAAUGAUUUGACGCUCGCAUCGUCAGGAGGAGGCGGUCUGGCAGAGAUCACACUGACCUUUGACAACGGCAGGGUGAUGUACGGCUUCUGCAGCCUGAAGGAGCCCACCUCCGCUCUGCCACGCUACAUCCUUAUCAACUGGGUCGGGGAAGACGUGCCGGAUGCCAGGAAGUGUGCCUGUGCCAGCCACGUCGCCACCAUCGCAGAUUUCUUCCAGGUCAGACCUACGACGGGGGUGGAGGUCAUUAUCAACGCCAGCAGUCUGGACGACAUCGACCCGUCAGCCAUCGGGCAGCGCCUGACCAACGGGACAGUGGUGGUGGCGAGUCCGGUCCUGAGCCGCCUGAGAACCCGGGAGGAUGAGCACAGAGACGUGGGCACGGUGUACGAGAAGACCAACGCAGAGAUCGAGAUGAAGAAAAUCAAUAGAGAGGAGUUUUGGGAGCAGGCCAAGCGUGAGGAGGAGAUAAGGAAGGAGGAGGAGAAGAAGAAGGCAGCAGAAGAGCGGCAGCGUUACGAGGAGGAGCGGAUGGAGCUGGAGAGGAAAGAGCAGGAGAACCGAGAGAAGAGGUACCGCGAGAGGGAGAUGCAGAUUGAGGAGCACAGGAAGAAGCUGCAGGAGGAGGAAGAGGCCAGAGAGAGGUUGCGGGACCAGAUCUCCAUGGCAGCAGAGCCGAGCAUCGAGGACCUCAACCUGGACAAGAAGGAGUCUGAGGUGGAGGAGGCAAAGGCCAUCAUCGCUCAGCGGUCAGGAAACCCUCGAGAGUUUUUCAAGCAGAAGGAGAGAGCCAUGACCAUCAGCGUCGACACCUCGCCCGUGUCCAUCCACAGGACCGGCGACGAUGACAACGAAGUGAGCACAGAGCGCAACAUGGCCGCCGUGUCACCCAUUCCUAAAAUAGUCACCACGCCCAUCAAAGAGGACUUCAGCAGGGAGGAGGAGGACUGCAGAGAUGAGUGGGAUUCGGUGCCACAGCAGGAGAAGAAACCGCCGGUCCAGGAGUCGACACCCACCAAGCCCGUGCAGAGCGUCGCCCCGCAGGCCCGCGACUCCUCCGGCUUCUCUGUGUGGGAGUCAGAGCAAGACAGUCUGGUCAACCUGUGGGACAGCAACUGUGGCCCUCCCCCCAACCCCUCCCAGACCUCCCAGUCCUCCAAUCUGGUGGACCUGAUGGGCGACGCCGAUAACCUUCAUGAUGACGUCCCGUCCAGCACCGCCACCGCCACCGCCGCCGCCUGCGGCAAGCCUCAGCCCCUGCUUAGCUUCGAUGACAUGAUGGACGGGACCUUAUGCUCGGCCGCUGGCACCGAAGACGACCCCUCCAGUCUGGUGGACGUGACGGCUUCCGACCAGAUGACCCUCAGCUACCAGCAUGCACUGCAGCAUGCAUCCGGGGAUGGGCAGGAGCUGCUGAUGACCAAUGGGGAGACGCUGCUGAAAGAAGGGACUCAGGCCAGCGAGGGCUAUUUCAGCCAAUCACAGGAGGAAGAAUUUGGCCAAUCAGAGGAGUCCUCAGCUAAACCUGCACCGGUCUUUUAUAACAAGCCACCAGAGAUUGACAUUACGUGCUGGGACACGGACCCCGUGGUCGACGACGACGAUGACUAACGGGGCCAAUCAGACACCACCACCGGACCAAGAGGAAGUAGGAAGUGCGCUUCAUGAAGAAACAAAAAAUUUUUUCUAAAAAACAAAACUCAAACAAGCAAAAAAAAAAGAAGUAAUAACAAAUCUUGCAUCAAAACUACUUCUGUAUUAUCUUUUAGAGGAAAAGAAAACAGUAGCCAUCAAAUUUUACGGGGUUUGAGUUAUCAUUAAAGAUGCGGUUUGAAAGCUCACUUAUGUUUUUUUUUUUCUGUGUUUGUUAUUUUAUUUAUUUGUUUUAUUCUUCUUUUUUUUUUUUUGCUAAGCAGAUGUAAUAGCUAGAAGCGGGGGAUUUUUGUUUGUGUAAAUGAUUUAUUACACAUUAACGUAGCGCACUGCUGCAUAUUAGAGACAAUGACGCUCAGUGUGGCAGGCAGCCGACACACCUAGUCUGUAGUGCUUUAAUAACACCCUAUUAACUAAUACAGUGGAUCAUUACAGCUAUUAUGUAUAUCUUCAUUCUCUGUUUCUUUUCUUACCCCUUUUUCGCCUCCCUCCUUCCUUCUGCCUUCCUCCCAAAAUGUUCACCUCUGCAAGUCCGUUAAUCUUGUAUUUAGCCCUCACUUUAUUGGAAAAAGGUGAAAUAUUCUAUUUAUUCUGGUGUAUCUGAAUUUUUAUUUUCACUAACACUUGAUGGGAUCCUGAAGACAUCCAAUCUUUUCUCAAGGUGAAAGUCAAAUUGUGGCCCCCUUUUGACCCUUUUCACUCCCUUUUGUAUGAUUAUAAGACGGAAUUCAAGAUUAAACGGCUUGUAAAUCUGGUUGCUUUCUUUUCAGUGCACUUUUAUUUCUUCUUCUGCCUCCUUGUGGAUGAACUGCAGUGUCUCAAUCAGCCCUCCCCUCUGGUUCCAUAAAGUUCACAAUUUUUACCCCACUUAUAUAUUUACACGAGCAAAUAAAAGCAUUUUUUGCAUCUAAUCUAGAUGACUGUACUGUAGAUAUUUUUCCAAGUGUUAACAGUUUUUUAGGACAGUUUGGCUUUAUGGUAAUGAACAUGAAGCCUCCUUCAGCUUGUGCACAGUAGAAUAAAAAUACUUUCUUUCGUCCUUUGUAUGAAUCUAAUUAUUCUAAAAUGUCCCCAAAGGCUAAAAAUAGGAAGUUUUCACCAGGUCCUUCAUUUAUGGACAGCAGUUGGCACGGUUACUGCUCACAGAUGUUUGGGAAUGCUUGAUGCCUUGCCUUUUCUAAUAAAAUAAAUGAUUUUUAACAUUAACAUUUAACAUUUCUGGCAGUUACUGUCCCACUCGGACAGACAGAGGCUGCACUGGGACAGAUGUUAGAUCCUGGUUGACACAGGGAAGGUGGCAUCAAACCACUAGAAUCACUUGGAGCCACCAACGCUUGCAAGUAUUAAUUUUUUUUGUCUUUGUUUUAAUCUGCAUGGACAACCCGAUGUUCAAGUAAAUUUUAUUUAUUGAGGGCUUUGCACAGUCUGCACAACAGACAAAUGUAGAAACCUGAAGGGAAAGACAGAGAUAACAAACUCCGUAACCUAAAAAGUUACUGGAAACUGAGAGUUUAUGGGGUUAUAAGCACCAAUGAACUUCCAAUGUGAACAAUGUGUUCACUCUUUAAAACAUGGCAAACAUAGCAAAAGGUUUUGUUUACCAGACAAGAAGGGUCUAAGAGAAGACUGAUUUAUGGGAAGCGUAGGAUCCUGUGUUUGUGGAGCUUGAGCUACAGUAUAUAAUCUGUUAAUAAAAUAUGAUGCACCCAACAGUAUGUAAGUGUAUACAUGCAGUUUAUGGCAUCUAGCAGUGAGGCUGCAGAUUUCAGUCAUCUGAAAGUUGGACUGAAAUAAAAUUAUUCUUAUUUUGUCAUGUGAUUAUACACUAAUGAAAACAUACUUAGGAUUAUUACAUUCAGUUGCUGCUAAUAUUUCUGCCAAUAGAUCACCCUAAAUCUUAACAUUAAUACAUCAGUAUUAAUAAUUUAACAAUAAAAUAUACAUCUGUAUGUCAGUACAAAACUCAUGGGAGCAAUUUCAUGCUUUUACUUUUAGUAUUUAAAGUAUUAUUUUGCUAAUAACACAGGUGCAUCUCAAAACAUUUUAAUAUUGUGGAAAAGUUCAUUUAAACUUCACUGAAAUGAGAGAUUAAAGGCUCAAGAAACCUUUUAAGGUGUGUUGAGUUAAUUCGCUGAUUAGAUCUCUUCUCAGGUCAACAUUUAAAUUCUUUAUUCUUAAAUUCUCCUAUUUCGAGAUACUAGAAUUUUGAUUUCCAUGAGCUGCAAGCCGGAAUCAUCAAAAUUAAAACGAAAAGGUUUAUUUCAGUUCAUGUGUAACGACUCUAGAAUAUAACAUUUUCAAGUCAUGACUUUUUCUUGAAAUUGAGUAUUUUUUAGGUUUAGUUUUUACUUAAAGGAUAGAUUCACAUUUUAAUUGUCGUAAAAUUGUUAUAUGAGGCUUCAGCAGAUAAAUCAAGAGGUUAUCUCCCAGAGUCUUGAGCAUGAAAUAUCAUCUCUGUGUUCCUUUUUGUUCGUUUUCGUGCCUCAGCAAGCAGACUCUGCAUGUUGAGGCACAAAGAGGGAACUUUGGAAGAUAACUGCUUGAUUUGUUUAAUUCUUUUUCUACCAGCUGAACUCUGCAGCAUCACAGCUCACAAGUACAGCAAUCAGAAACCCUUUUUUUAUGGUAAAAUGUGAAGUGCCCUGUGAAUCCUUCAUGUGCUACGGCUAGUGACUAAAAGUUAGCAUAUCUCAGCCUCUUCUGCUCUGACUUUGACAAUUCAAUUUUAUUAAUGUGUCUCAUAUAAGUUCUCCAAAGUCUGAUACAGAAUCACAAGAACACCACAUUAAGGCUUUUACAAGAUUUCAGACACUGUAGGACCCUCUGGCUCCCAAAACAAGUCCCCAUGGACUGAGCUAAUGCCAUACACAACCCAAUAUAGCACCUUAAGGAGGAAAUUAAGAUUUGCAGAUAUCCAGAGGGCACUGAGCUGAUGAGCAGAAUUGCAAAUCUAAAUUUGGAAAGUUAGCAAGUAGUCCUACCCCAUCUGUCCCAGCCAACGUCUGUGCAGGUGGGAGAGACUCACCAUGCUGGACAUUACAACAAAUGCCUGAAAGUUUCCAGCAACUAUGGGAAAAUAUGUGAACAUUUUUCAAAGCUUUCCUGACAUCUGGGUCUCCAAGCAGCCUAAAACAAACACUGAAGGUGAUGCUGCCCGACUUCUUUUGUUCUGUGCCAUUGCAGAAAAUACUGUAUGUAUUUCAUUUUUAUUUUUUUAAUUCUUUGACGUGAUGUUUAGUUGCCCUGGAAACUGGAGUGAGAGAUGGGGGCGGGCUGACACGGGAGGUGUGUGUCUUUUUAAUACCUGUCAAAAAGUGUGCUAGAAUUUAUUUUCAGGACCUUUUUGAAUAUUAGCAACAACAGUGUUAGUCUUUUUUUGCUGUAAAUUCCUGUAGAAAAUAAAAACUCCUAGGCAAUAAUAA